CUUGUCGUCUAACGUCCGCCGAAAAUCGCCAAUUACGAAUACGAAUCGUACGCGAAAAUCUGUCAGCUAGCUCAACUCGGUAGCACACGUGUGCGGUUCGCGGUCGCCAAGCGGUCACCAACCGAGGCAGACGUAUAUCCGUUCAAUGUGCAUCAACAAAGAAACAGUUGUCUGUCCUUGAAAGGUUUAUGCCACCAUUCUGUAUAAUGAAGUGAUAUCGGUGCCAUCUCCACAGAGACACGUGUCAGCGCCGUGACAAGCUGGAAGGACUAAUGCGCGGUUUGUACAAUGAUGAAUCAUGACAUCUCUGAUUUCAAGAUGACCGCGUCAUCAAUCUGUCUGCUGCUUCUGGUAGCAGCAUUUACUUGGACGUCAGCAUCGACCUCGGAAUGUAACCGGCUUCCGCUCGCCGUAUUCAACUUGAACAGGAUGCUGAACUGCGGCUUCAACGGUGAUGCCUGGUCCGUCUGGAACGUUCCAGGCAGGGCGCCCUACUGCGGGGCUGACGUCAUCGACAAGACAAACGACGGAAAGUUUCUCUGCUACGACAUCGAAAGCGGAACCUGCGACAGAGUGCCGUAUAUCUUCGGUGUCCGCAAUAUCCUCAGCGGACCAAACUACCUCCAGCGUGACCUUGGCAACGGAAGCAAGAGCACCUCGCUUAUACUCGACACCGACAACUGCCACUACCUUGUCCAGUUGGAGUGCUUUCCAGAUGGUUCCGUGAGCCGCUACGUGACCUACAAGAGUAGCUGGACGAGCGCUGGAAAAAGCCAGCUCAAAGCCAAAGCUGCAAUGAUGUCGUCCCUGAAUUUCGUCCAGAACUACACGUUCGACUGCGCCAACGGAAAUGUGUGACCCACGUUGGCGAUUCGGGCUCGACGGCGUCGUCGAGAACAAAUAUCAGCAAGGGCACUUACUAAAUCACUUUCACAGAAUCUCUGCUCGUAAAUCUUGAAAUGAAGGGAAUAAAAUUUCGGUUCCGGUUAUUGCUGUAACAAGAAUGACUGGAGCUGACUGACCGUGAUGCUCAGGCUGAACUUGCCUGACGUACACUUUCGACAGCUUCUUCA